AUGGCCACUCAAAAGGCACCGAUCUUUCAUGGCCGCAAAUUUAUUCUUACAAGAACGCUCUCAAAUGACCUAGCCACUGAAGUGCGACGACUCAUUGAAGAGCAUGGCGGAGUCAUAUCAUCAUCUCCUGCAGGUGCCAUAGAAAUCGUAGACUAUGAUGAGCUGGACUCGAGACGUCCUGAGUGGGUCUCGGUAGAUUAUAUAUAUGACUCGGUCGCCGAAGGGGCGCUUCAAGACUCGGCGAAAUACUCGGGGGCCGUGUUUAGCUCAAAACCGAGUGCAACGCAGCUGAAAGGGCGGGUUCGAUAUACGGUGGAGGACGACGCGCGUCUGCUGCUUUUUGCCAAGGUGCGUGGCUGGGAGUCCAUGAAGUCAGUACCCGCGAGCACCUGGAAACUUGCGGAGAGCAGUCGCGUGACGAAUCAUUCGUGGCAAAGUAUGCACGAGCGCUUUCGAAAACAGCUUAAGAGCAAGACGCCCAAGGAGCAGCGUAUAAUUAUAGCGAGAGCUGUGGAGAUCAUUCGUAUGCGACUGCAACGAUCCAACGAUGGCGAAGCGAUAAAAGAAGAGGCUAUCGCAAGGGAUUCGUCAUCUAUAGCUACUCCAGCGAAUGUUGGACCAACAACGCCAACUUCCUCAGAAUCUGUAGUCACGCCGGUAACGAGCUUGCCACCACGGCGUUGUGGAGUCGGAACGCCAACGCACCAAAAGCGUAAGAGAGGCUCUUUUGCUAUCGGUAAUUUUGAAAGAUCAAGUCAGGAAGACGAGGAAGAAGACGUGAAAACCGAUGUAGCCAAUGUUAAUGACACAGGUGGAGCUCGGGUCGUCUUCUUUCGAAGUGCAUGGGCAGAGUAUGCAGCAGAUCCAAGGAAUAGCUUUAAGGUUUCAGAUAAUUGCUCACAUGCAAGCGAGACAUGUACAGAAGAUCAAUGUCUGCUUGACAAUGGCAGUAGUGAAAAGAAUGGGGUAGAUGUACGGUUUGCUACAGAAGAUGAGUCGGACGCUAUUAUAUGCCAACUUCAACUCGAAACAGGACAAAAGGUCCCAGUUGUUGUGAAUGCGUUGUAUUACUGCAACGGAAAUGUUGAUGUGGCGAGAGCAUUUCUCAAGGGAACUCUGCCAUCAAAUCUACGUAUGUGGUCACAAGAAGACGAUUUACUAGUUGCAAAGCUCAUAGUCGAUAAAAACACUGACCGAUCAGCUAUAAAAGCCGCUUUGGCUCACGGGAAACUUGAUUCCAUGCGAAUUUCCCGCGAUACAGAUUCCAUUUUGGAUCGAAUUCAUUUCUUGCUGUGA